GCCAACAUGGCGGGCAAUGUUUUUACGUGCUGCCUCUCUCCGCAGCAGAUGGAGGCGAAAUCUCGGAGUAAAGCCAUCGACAAGGAGUUAAAUAAAUGCAAAUCCUACAUCCGAAGAGAAAUAAAGAUUCUCCUGCUCGGUGCUGGCGAGAGUGGUAAAAGCACCUUCCUCAAACAGAUGAAAAUCAUACACGGACAAGAAUUCACCGAUGAAGAUCUGCGCGACUACCGCACCAUUAUAUUCUCGAACAUAAUCAAGGGGCUGAAAGUGCUACAGGACGCCCGGAAUAAACUGCAGAUACCGUGGGGUGAUUCGACGAAUGAAGAACACGCCACAAAUGUUAUGUCUUGUGAUACAAUUCAGCUGGUAGAUUCUACGGUUUUUUCUGAGUUUGUUGUGAGCUGUAGGGCGUUAUGGGCCGAUAGUGGAAUACAGGGGGCUUACGACAGACGAAGGGAAUUCCAAUUGGCGGACUCAGUCAAGUACUUCUUAAAUGAAUUGGAUCGGAUAGGAAACAAGGAUUAUCUCCCCACAAUGAAGGAUAUCCUCUUUGCCAGGAAAGCAACAAAAGGUAUUGUUGAGCAUGUCAUCGACAUCAGAAGUGUCCCGUUUCGCUUCGUCGAUGUCGGCGGGCAGCGGUCGCAACGACAGAAGUGGUUCCAGUGCUUUGAAGGGGUCACGUCAAUCCUAUUUCUGGUGUCGUCCAGCGAGUUUGAUCAGGUCCUGAUGGAGGAUCGCAUCACCAACCGACUAGUAGAGUCAUGCAACAUCUUCGAUACCAUCGUCAAUCACAAGUACUUCUCCGAAGUGUCCAUUAUCCUCUUCCUUAAUAAAUCCGACCUUCUGGAGCAAAAGGUCAAAGUAGUAAACCUCAAGGACUACUUUUCAGCAUUCGAGGGCGACCCCACCGACGUGAAACAAGUGCAGAACUUUAUCCUUCUCAUGUUCGACAUGCGGCGGCGCGAUCGCAGUAAAUCGCUCUUCCACCACUUCACUACGGCCGUCGACACGGAGAACAUUAAGUUUGUAUUCUACGCGGUCAGGGACACGAUUCUAAAACAGAAUCUGCAAGGGAUCAUGCUGCAGUAACGUUUAGCAUACCUUGCCUGUUCAACCACUUAUCUGUCUGUGCCUCUUACAUGUAACAAAGCACGCUUCAAGUGUAUGGUACACAAGGUACAAUGUAUGCCAUAGAAGACGCAGCAACCAGGCCUGGAAUUACACAGAGGCUAUGGCCCCUGCUGCCCCAUAGACCUAACAAUUUUACCAUUGAAGUGCCCUUUGCGAAAUGAAAAUGGUCUUGCCCUCUCAAGAGGAAAUUCCAGGCUGGUCAACUAAUCAUCUGUCUGUGCCUCUUACAAGUAACAGAGCAAGCUUCAAGUGUAUGGUAUGCCAUAGAAGACGCAGCAACCAGGCCUUGAGUUACGAAAUGUACAAGUACACCGAGGCUGUUGCCCCUGGUCUUGACCUUGGAGCCCCAUCAAAAGCUUCCCAUAGACUUCACAAUUUUCACAUGGAAGUGCCCUUUCCAAAAUGAAAAUGGCCUUGCCCUCUCAGAGACGAAAUUCCAGGUCUGAGCGACAUCAUGAGGAUGGUGUUGGGAUGGGGCACACUUCCACCUGCCGUUGGCUCAGUGCGUACUGUUCCCGGUAAAUUCAACCACCAGUCCUCGAUUCAGCGGAAUGAAACGGACACAGCAGUCUUGGUCUUUUAUCAAAGCAGCCAUAGAUAUUCUGAGAUUUUAAAUGGAAGUGCCCUUUUACUCAAGAGAAAGAAAAAGUGACCUUGCCCCUUCAGGAGAUGAAAGUUCAAGUCUGCUUGGAGCCAUACAUGUAGCUUGAUUGGAGUGAACCUGGGGAAACUACCGCUAUAGUGGAGUAGACAUUCUUGGUGAAAUUCAGUUUGCAGAUCUCCACCCACCCUAGCAAUCCAGAAUGGUUCGUUUUUGUCGACAGAAGACAACCAACGUUCCGGUUUCAUCUUAACGUAAUUAACUGCAGAAGUUAAUACUGUAUGUUUUCAAUUAUUAAAUAUGUUAAACUAUUAUGGUGCAUACAUGUACGUGUACAUGUAUGUAUGUCAAUGUAUGUGUAUGCUCAUUCAUAAUGCACACUGGGUGAAAUGCAAACUGCUCGGGCCAAACAAAAUAAAUGUUGCGUUUUUUGUUGUAACCAGACUAAAAAAAAUAAUAUGUGCAUAAUGUACACAAUAUGUAUGUAGUUGGGAUUUUUACUUGUGACAUUUUGUUUGUUGCAUGCACUGGUGCAUUGUGUGUACAUGUAAUGUGCAAUGUUGAAAACACAAUUAUUGCUGUUUUUUGCCAUCAAUCAUUGAUAAUCAGUCCGUCUUCUUCUGUUAUUGUUGCUGACGUUUACAAGAAGGAAAAAGCUGUAGAAUUACUUGCAUAUGUGGAAAAAUCCUGACUCUACAAUGUACCUUUCGCUUAUUGAUUUGUUUGGUUUAGACGCUAGAAAUGUGGUUUAUUUUGUUUGGCCUGAAAAUAUUAGCCCCAACAGAGCCUUCUUAAAGACUUAAAAGGGGGAAAUCCAUUGUUCUUUGGAAAGUGCGCGGCCAAUUGUAUGGGAACUAUUGUAAAUGUUGUCUCCUGUCAUGAAUGUGUACAUUGCUGAAGUCUCCUCGCCCCCUCCCCCCUCUAAAAUAAUGCAACAGUACAUGUAGGUUUGAGGACAUGUACAAAAGUUUAUUGAGUAUUUUGACGAUUGUACACCUUUUUUCAGACCAUCCAUUUAUAUCCAAAUACUAACACUUUAAAUAUUAGUUAAUGAAAUGUGAAAGAAAAGAUUCCUGUUCGUGCAUGUGUACAACUGGGGGUCUUAAACACUGCAUGGGCAUGGAACCUAAGGCUUUACAUCCCAUCUGAAGAAUGAAGCAAGUGUCUUGCUCAAGGACGCAAGUGUCACGACUGGGACUCAA